CCGUGGGGCGGGUCCGCGGGGCGGGUCCCGGGGGGGCCCCGUGCGGCGCAGUUAUGGCGGGGGUGUUCGACAUCGACCUGGAGACCGAGGAGGGCAGCGACGGGGACGAGCCCGAGCUGGGCACCGAGAUGGAGCUGGAGCCGCGGGGGAACGGCCUGGAACCGGUGGGACACUACGAAGAGAUUGAGAUCUCGGAGAGCAGUGUCAACAAUGGCCCCGAGCACAUCGGCCCCAGCUGCUUCGAGCUGCUCCGUGUCCUGGGCAAGGGGGGCUAUGGCAAGGUGUUCCAGGUCCGCAAAGUCCAGGGCACCAACACGGGGAAGAUCUUCGCCAUGAAGGUCCUGAAGAAGGCCAAGAUCGCCUGCAACGCCAAGGACACGGCGCACACACGGGCAGAGAGGAACAUCCUGGAGGCCGUCAAGCACCCCUUCAUCGUCGACCUCAUCUACGCCUUCCAGACAGGCGGCAAGCUCUACCUCAUCCUGGAGUGCCUCAGUGGUGGAGAGCUCUUCAUGCAGCUGGAGCGGGAGGGAAUCUUCCUGGAGGACACUGCCUGUUUCUACCUGAGCGAGAUCACGCUGGCUCUGGGUCACCUGCACUCCCAUGGGAUCAUCUACCGGGACCUCAAGCCAGAGAACAUCAUGCUCAACAGCCAAGGUCACGUCAAGCUCACGGAUUUCGGGCUGUGCAAGGAGUCGAUCCAUGAUGGAGCCGUCACCCACACCUUCUGCGGCACCAUUGAGUACAUGGCCCCUGAGAUCCUGGUGAGGAGCGGGCACAACCGGGCAGUGGACUGGUGGAGCCUGGGAGCCCUGAUGUAUGACAUGCUCACCGGAUCGCCCCCGUUCACCGCCGAGAACCGCAAGAAGACCAUCGACAAGAUCCUCAAGGGCAAACUGGUGCUGCCGCCCUACCUGACCCCCGACGCCCGCGACCUCCUCAAGAAGUUCCUCAAGCGAAACCCCAACCAGCGGGUGGGGGGGGGCCCAGGGGACGCAGCCGAUGUGCAGAAACAACCCUUCUUCCGCCACGUCAACUGGGAGGACCUGCUGGCACGCCGGCUGGAUCCCCCCUUCAAACCCUGCCUGCAGUCAGAGGAGGACGUGAGCCAGUUCGACACCCGCUUCACCCGCCAGACCCCUGUUGACAGCCCUGACGAUGCUGCCAUCAGUGAAAGUGCCAACCAGGCCUUCCUGGGCUUCACCUAUGUGGCCCCCUCAGUGCUGGAGAGCAUCAAGGAGGGGUUCUCCUUCCAGCCCAAGGUGCGCUCACCCCGACGCCUCAACAGCAGCCCCCGUACCCCUGUCAGCCCUGUGAAGUUCUCUCCGUUCGAGGCAUUCAAGCCGGUGGUCCCGGGGGACCCUAUGGAGCUGGGACCUCCCCAGGCCCCCCCACCUGAGGGCACGGCCCCCCUGCCCAUCAAACCCUCCGGGGGGGUCAAGAAGCAGAAGGGGGGCCGGGGUCGGGUGCCCAGGUAGGGGUGGGGGGGUGGG